UGUAUCAGAGAGACCCUUCACAUUUGCAGUGUCCUUUAGGAAAUGCUUCCUUAAUUUUCGUCAAAACAAAUGAGGGUAAAACCACUUGAUUUUUUCUCCAAGAAGCUGACUUCAUCUGACCUAGUUGAUAAACUGUCUGUAGGCCAUAAAUCUUGAUAGCAUGUCUGCAACAGAAUUGUUACUGUAUUCUAUCACCUGUGUGAGUAAUUGGAAAUGUUAUCACACGUACAAAAGGCAUGUUAUGUUUAUAUAGAUUUACAUACAUGUGAAUACAGAAUGUAUUUUUCAUUUUUUUUGGUGUUUUUCUUACUUGUUAUUUAAAGGACAUGUGACAUAAUCACAAAAACACUUCACAACAUAUCAGAAAAUGUAUAUGUGAUAAAAUUUCUGCAUAGUUUCCCCAAAUACACUUCCAGAUUGCUUCAAAGCUGUUGCUGUAUCACUGAUUUAAAUUGAUAAGACGCACAACCUCAAUAUGCAUAUCUGUAGCUUCUAAGAUCAGAAAAUUCCCAGUGUGACGUCAGACUUGACUAAAGCUGCAGAGCAGCUGCAUCUUUCCACCAAGAAAGAUACUAAAUUAUUUCUACCUAUUAUUGAAGAGCAAACAAAUGUUGUUAAUUCAGACACUUAUGGUUUUAGAGCCCAUGCAAUAAACAGGAUUAAGAUUUUAUUAAGUUGAGAAAUCCCCUCUCUCUUUCUGGUGUAGUAAAAAUGGUGUACUGUGUGGUUUAUAAUUGUUCUACCUCUUCAAAUGUAGAUAAGAAUGUGUCAUUUUUUGGUUUUCCAAAGGAUAAUACUCGUCAAAAACUAUGGAUUCAUUAUUGUCGAAGGAGAGAUUUUGUUGUGACAAAGCACAGUAAGAUAUGUAGCAAGCACUUUUCUCCGAGUCAAUACUCAAGACAUCCCUCCAGAUUAGCUGCACUUGGGUACCCAAACGCCCGUGCUCAGCUAAAACAAGAUGCUGCGCCUGAUGUACCAUGGGUAACCAAGAACAAAAGUACAAGAAUAAAGAAUAAGAAAAAAUCAGCGUCGUGCGGAACAUACAGAAAAAGACGAAAGUUAGAGGUGUUAGAAGAAGUAAUGAAAGGAGGAGAAAAUGCUGAUGAAGAUGGCGCUUUAGAAUCUGACAAUUCAAUUGACCUUUCAACUCCUGUAACAGACUCCUGUCAUUCAGAAAUUUAUAACACUGAAGAUAAAGCUGUGCAGGUAUCCAGUCCUGACACAAAAGUCAGAACCCGGACACGGAGAAUACAAACUGGAAAGUCCUUCAUCCACUUCCAUAUGACUGACUCUCAAGUCCAGUGUGACGGCAGUCUCUUGUGUCACAAAUGUCAAGUCCAGUGUGACGGCAGUCUCUUGUGUCACAAAUGUCAAGUCCAGUGUGAUGGCAGUCUCUUGUGUCACAAAUGUCAAGUCCAGUGUGAUGGCAGUCUCUUGUGUCAAAAAUGCCCCAAAAAUCUUGAAUUUGAAAAAGGUGUACAAUCUGAGAAAAAUAAAAAAUUCGAGAAAAGCUUGGAAUUUGAGAAAAAUGAAGAGAUUCAAGAAAAUGAAGAUUUUAACAGCGAUGAUGAUGAAGGUCAUUCCAUUAUUAACAGAGAUGAAGAUCCGGAUUUUAGCUCAAGUGACUAUGAGGAAUUAUCAGAGUUUGAGGAAGAUCCGGAUUUUAGCCUGAGUGACUAUGAGGAAUUAUCAGAGUUUGAGGAAGAAUAUGAGGAGGAGGCAACAUGUAAUUACAGACUACAAACCACAGAAAAUCCAUCUGAAGAAAAAUAUUAUAUGAUUUCUGAAAGUUCUCUUCAUAAGCUGCUGUCUGUAUGUCAGAUAUGUUGUGGUCGAUGUAUUCCUUCUAUUGUAUACAACAAAGGCAGCAUGAUAUCAACUGUUUCUAAAUGUGAGAAUGGUCACACCAAUAAAUGGCAGUCACAAGCUGUGCCAUAGCCAGAGAAACACUCCCAUGCUGGCUGUAAUGUACAUGGUUGAUUGAGAAAAUGAUACAGUAUUGAAGUCAUAGUGGGGGGGUGGGGGGGGGUGGGGGGGUCAUGAAUGACAGGUGGUUGAUUGAGAAAACGAUAAAGAAUAGAAGUUAUAUGUUUGAGAAUUUGUACCCAUAUCUGUAUCUGAUGUAAAUAGUGGGUGUGUGUCAUGUGAUAUAUGAUUAAGAACUCACUGACCAAUCAAAUGACAGACAUGCAACUAGUAGCAUUUUUCCCACUGCACAAUUUCUACCCGAGCACUCUCAGCCUAACCUUGCCUUCAAAAGGCAAGACAAAAGCAUUGUAUUUCUCCAGGGUGUCCCAGUAUAAGAAAAUGUUAUGUUUAAUUUACAGCAAAUAUAAAAUGUCUAUGUCUGUCCUGUGUAUGUUUUAUGUGAAUUUUACAAGUUUUUUCUACAUAUAAUUAAUAAAUAAUAUAUAAAGCUGGAACCUGAGUUAAAUUUGAUGUUCAUACUGGCUACAUAUCCUUAAUAACCUGUGUUCUUCAAUUUGAAUUUGGCCAAUCAAAAACUAGAAUACAAUAAGGUUUAAAUCAUUACGAAUUAAAGGUUCAAAAGAAUACGGUCUAAUUUCAUCAGGAGCACCAUACAGGACUUUAUAGACACACAGAACAGAACUGCACUUUAUGUGUAUAUCUAUGUAAUCUGACACAAAAUGUUCAAACUCAUGACAACAGACACCACUUGAAUGUACAUAGUUACAAUUUCCACAAGCACAUCAAGGGAAAUUCCUCUCUCAUUAAAAUCAACUGCUGGCCAAGAGGCAUAUCAUUCUGAGAAACGAUUUCUUCCUCUGUAAAAUCAGGUUCAAACUGAUGUCCCACAUUUAAUUCACUUUGUGCUGACUACAAUGUGUCCUACAGCAUCAGUGCUGCCCUCUACUGACGUCAUUGGCAGCUCCGAGGGAUUGAGAAGAUUUGUUAAUCUUUAUGAAAUAUCUCCCUACUAAAGAAAGCUACAUCUUAAUGAUUUUCAGAAUUCAUUAUAAUAGACCAAAAACAACAAAUCUAAACUCUUUGUCACAUAAUUUCACAGAAGAGUCUUCGUG